AUGGGAGGUUCACAAAGUACCCGAAAACUUAGUGUGGACAAUGAGAAUGCAAUUCAAGUUUCUCAGGAAGCAUUAGACCGAAUACAAGCACAGCUGUCUGCAAAACAAGCUGAGCAAGCUCCUCAACCCCAACCUCAGUAUGCACCUCCUCCCCCCACAUAUGAUCCUCAAAAACGACAAGAGUCAGCUGCUGAAGAAGCAUACUGGGCAAGAAGAAUUGAAAAUUUAAAACGGGCUCAUGAAAAGAUCAAUUCAGGAAUGGUAGUGGAGUAUGAAAAGACACUGAAAGAAGCCAAUGAACUGUUUGAAAUGGUAAAAGCUGACAAAGUUGUAAAUAAACUGCCACCAUGUCAACAAGAGAAGGCUAAGGUACUUGAAUGUUACAGCGAAAACCCCAACAAAUCUCUUUUGUGUUCAGUGCUAGUGAGUGAAUUUAAUGACUGUGUUUGCAAGAGCCGGAUUGCAGCGGUUACAGCUAGUUCUUGA